AUUGCCGACACUCGCCGACACCUCCUGCACUCGGGCUCUCUUGAUUGUCCUUCUCCCGCCGGGCGCCCGAUCAUCGCGAUAGCGCCGAGUCCGCCACGACGGCAAGCCGAGCCUGAGCCUCGCCAGCAUGGACGGCGCUGCCGGGCCGUCGCGCGCCCACUACGACGCCAAGCAUGAUGGUGCGGCUGCCGCCGCCGCGCCGCCGCACCACCGGAGCGCCAGCAUCGCCGACGGCGAGCGCAGCUUCUCCGAGGCGCGCGACGUGUCGCCCAGCAGCGGGCCCGCCGGCGCCGAGGAGAAGAAGAACAAGACGAGCUGUCUGGCGUGCCGCGAGAGCAAGGUCCGCUGCAUCCCGCCGGCAGGGGCCGUUCUCGGCGCCGGCGCAUGCGUGCGCUGCCUGAGGCAGGAGCGCGAGUGCGUCUUCAAGGAGCACAAGCGCGGACGCCGCCCGGGCAAAGUCAAACACGCCCAGAUCGACCGCCGCUGGACGGUGCUCGUGAAGCUGCUCGACGAGCUCGCAGAGCUGACGUCCGCGGUCGCCGACACGUCGGGUGCGGCGUUGGUGCGAUCGCUGCGCUACCAGGUCCUCUCCUCCUCGGCCGUGUCGACCACAGAGCUAGGCAUCGAUACGAUGUCUCCUCCACCGCCGCCGCCGCCCGUAGCAGAGAGCAGCGAGAGCGUCGUGGCGCGCUCGCAGGCGUACUACUCGCGCCCGGCCCAUCACGCGCGCAGCGGCGUAGGCAGUGCCGUCAAGCUGGUCGAGCUGGAGGACUCCGAAGCGCAGGGCGUCGUGCCAAUGGCCAUCGAGACGCUCACCAAUCCCUUGAAGCUGCUCGCGCAAGCCAGCGACACGGUACAGGAGGAGGAAGAUCGCCGUCGUGGCCGGCUGUCGAGCCACCGGCGAGAGCUGGAGAGCGCAGAGCAGCCGCUGGCACGCCGCUCGAGCAGAGCGGCUGCCACGGACAGCAUCAACUGGCGCUCGUACUUCAUGCGCGGCAUCUUCAACGUGCAGUACGAUGUCGGCCCUGACCUCGACCCCAUCGAACGCGGCAUCAUGACGCUGCAGCAAGGCGUCGAGCUGGUCGACUGGUUCCAAAACAACCUAUCCACCUUUGUGCACAUCUUCGACCGCGAUCUCUGCACGUUCGACUACAUUCAGCGUCGCUCGGCCUUUCUCCUCACCGUCGUGUGCGCCACGGCGGCAGAGGUGAUGCCAAACACGGCGUCGGGCCUGCAUGCUCGUCUGCGCAAGCACGUCGAGCAUCUGCAGCCCAUCAUGCUGUGCGGCGGCUACAAGAGCGUGGAGAUCUCACAGGCAUGCUGCAUUCUCGCGCAGUACUCGCCUCUGGCCAAGAGCGCGACCGACGACCCCACCUUCUCGCUGCUCGGCACCUCGGUGCGCAUGCUCUGCGAGAUCGGCUCCAACCUCAAGCUCUACUCGUACGACCCGCCGCCGCCGCAGCUCACGCAGCCACAGCAAAUUGAGAAGCAGCAUCGGCAGACGCGCAAUGCCGAACGCCUCUGGUUCGGCCUCUGGCUCUUCUCGCAGCACAUCUCCAGUCACACUGGCCAGCGGCUGGGCCUGGCAGAUGACGGCAGCAUUGCUAGCUGCGGCGGCUGGCACAGGCGGCCGAACGCCGCGCCACAGGACGCAUGGCUGAUCGCGUCGAUCGCACUGCGUCGCAUCGUCAGCCGCGCAACGGACUCCUUCCACGCUCAACUGCGCCGCGCCAUGCCGCCCAAUGCUACAGACGGCCAGCCCAAGCCGCCAAGCCUCGGCACGGGCGAGGGCGCGUUGGGCUGGGAGCUGCAAGUCGACUUCUUCCGCUCGACGGUGCUGGCUGAUCUCAAGCGCUGGGAGGCCGAAUGGCUGACGCCUCAGGAGUCAAGCGCAUCGUCGCAUCCGACUCCCCUGCAGAUCCUCGGGCCGCUUCAUCUCGAGCAGGCGCGGCUCAUAGCCCUCUCUCUGCCUCUCUACGGCACGCAGUUUGGCUCGCAGGACAUGCCCGAGACGCUCAUGCCGCACUACCGCGAUGCCUAUGCCGCCGCCCUCUCGUUCCUCUCCAUCGUCGUGGACCGCUGGGCACUGCUUGCGCAUCUCGACAACGGACAGGUCGCUACAGUGACGUACAUGUGUGUGUUCGCCCUCAAGCUCGCUUCGGGCGCGCAGAACGCUCCGCUCAUGGCCUUCGUCGACCUUGCUCGCGUGGAAGAUCUGGUGCGGACGAUCUGUGUGCGCCUCCAAGGCUGUCCGCGUGACGUGCCACGGCACUACGCGUGCUACCUGGAGGACGUGCUCGAGCGCUGGCUCGGGCGUCCCAGCAGCACGGCCGGUGCGAUGGGCAGCGAGUCUCGCUUGCGCCAUGCGCCCGUCGACGCUAGACAUGCCCCGCCUGGCGCUCAUCACGCACAUCAUGCGGCGCCGCAGCAAGGCGACUCGGACGCUUCAACGUACGGUGUCCCCUUCCGCGGGCCGGGCCUGGCUUGGCAGCACCAAGGCAUGUCCUGGUCCGGCAGCAGCGUCCGUCAGACGACGGGCUUCGCCCCGCCUCACGGUCGCGAGGCACCUGCGUCACACAUGGGUCCCCUGCGCGAAGAGCCAGCACAGAGUGGCUUCGCCGAUGUAGCCCCUGCGGCGCCGUGGGAGUCCAGUGGCUUCCCGCUCGACUGGUUCGGCCUCGAUGGCCCCGUGCCGGCGCGUGACCCUAUGAGCAGCUGGCCGCCCUCUUGAAUGCUGCCUCUCAUCAUCCUCCACCCCUUCCCGCUGCGGCCCUCUGUAGCACACUUCCCGUCUCGUCCCGCCAUACAUAUACACGCAUGCAACGCAAUCAUAGUACAAUCACGAAGCCCUCGCGGCUGCGCAGGGCCGCCAACACCUCGCGGAUGUCGCAAUCUGCCGGCGCCUGGCCGGCACGCAUGACGAGCGUGCCGGCCGGCUCGAUGCUCUGCGGCUCCAGAAAGCCAAGCGGCGGCGGAGACGGCCAGGGAAUGUCCUCGUCGUCGCCGUCGUAGCUGCUCGGCAGCGGAAGUCUCUCCAGCUGAGGCGCGACGCUGCGAGCAGCGAGAAAGUCGGCGUGCGAAUGCCACGCAUUGGUGCGCGUGUCGAGCACUUGCGAAGGGGCGAACU